AUGUGGUGGCACAUCAGCCGGCGCGUCGUCGCCACCGAGACGGCCAACGAGUUCGACAAGUUCGCCGCCAAGGACGGGGAACCUGUCGUCCCGGUCAUUCACAUCACUGGCGACGUCAUCGACAAGCCGAUCUCCCCAGCCGCUACCACCUGUCGUGCGACGAACGACAAGGCCAGCGUCACCCAGGAGGGCGACAUCACCCUGGAGGGAUCCGACGAACAGCUCGACGACACCGCCAAGUCGCAGAAUGAUAUCAGCGAGGGUCCGACUGCCUACACCGCCGAUGUGCUGGCCGGAUGUGCGGCCCUGUCGACGUCGUCUCUCAGCACUGACUUGAGCGCCUACGACAACCACCCGGCUGAACUCUCGCGCAACGCCCUCUCCUACACCGACACCAAGGUCGAGAAUACCGACGGACUCACCGAUCUCGACAGCAUGGGCACGCUCUCGUCCUCUAGCGCCACAAGCAUCGCCUCCUUCGUUUCGGUCAAGAUUGUCAUCCAGCAGCCU